UGAACUUGUAGGGGCAUAGUGUUCUGGUGAAGGUAAAGUUCGAGAUAUGGAAAAGAUUAACAUGACUUCAAGUCAAGUUUAAUCAUGAAAAUUGGAAUCCCAGCAAAUAAUUGGACUUUUGUCCAGACAAACUAAUCUUAUUUUAUUUCCAAAUCUUUUUCACGAAAGCAUUACAACUGUGUUAGUAUAGCAAACCCCUUUUCCGUUUCAUGCGCCUGAUGCCGACUCUCAGAAACUCCUGCAAAAUUUAAGAAAUCUGAGACCAACCCAUUUUAGAAAAACACCUUUUUUAGUUAUUCUUUCGUUGUAUAUUUGGCAUCUAAAACCCAAGAAAGAGUUGAAACCAAGAAAACAUCAUUCUUUUAGCUGGCUAUUGUAGCUCGGGAUUGGAAUUGGGCUUCAUUAUUGCCAUCAAUGGAGAACGUGUGAUUUCUGAGUGGGGUUAUUGAUUCUCUUGAAGCAUAUGGAUGUAUGUCAUGUGGCAGGAGCAGUGGACUUGAUUCGGGUUUUUUUUUCCUUUUUUCUUGUUUUAGUCUAUUUGAAUUGGUUGAGUUGCCAGUGAAGUUCUUCUUGUUCAUGAACCAAUGAGAUUUCGGACCUCACUGUUGGUGUUUCUAGCGUUUCUUCCUGCAUUUUUGGGGCAGAAAUCUGAAGAGGCAAGAGUUGUCAUCGACACAAGUACAACGGUUGCUGAAACGGAUGUUAACUACAUAUGCGCCACCAUUGACUGGUGGCCUCAAGAUAAGUGUAACUACAAUAGAUGCCCCUGGGGAUCAUCAUCUGUGAUAAAUCUUGACCUAUCUCACCCUUUUCUAAGCAAUGCUAUUCGAGCUUUCAAGAAUUUGAGAAUUAGAGUUGGUGGUUCUUUGCAAGACCAAGUACUGUAUGAUGUCGGAAAUUCAACAUCUCCUUGUCAUUCAUUUAGGAAGGAGAAAGGUGGGUUGUUUGGAUUUUCUAAGGGAUGCUUAAGUAUGAAGAGGUGGGAUGAGCUGAAUAACUUUUUCAAGAAGACGGGAGUUCUUUUGACUUUUGGCCUUAAUGCUCUAAACGGGAGGCACCAUAUUCGAAAAGGAGUUUGGGGCGGAGAUUGGGAUUCCAGAAAUGCUCGUGACUUUAUUAGAUACACUAUAUCCAAGGGAUACCACGUUGAUACUUGGGAAUUUGGUAAUGAGUUAUGCGGCAAGGGGAUUGGUGCUAGUGUUGGUGCUGAACAAUAUGGAAAAGAUUCAAUCCGUCUAAAUGCUAUGAUUGCUGAACUGUAUGGAAAUUCCCUACCAAAAUCUCCUCUCUUGGCACCGGGAGGGUUCUAUGAUAAGUUGUGGUUUGAUAAGCUGCUUCAAGUCUCAGGUGAAAGCGUGGUCAAUAUUGUUUCACAUCAUAUGUAUACUCUCGGACCAGGAAAUGACCGAAACAUCAUGAAUAAAAUCCUAAAUCCUGACCACUUGAACAAAGCAUCAUAUGUAUUUAGCAAUGUGAGGACAACCAUUCAAGCAAACAGUGCUUGGGCUUCUGCUUGGGUCAGUGAAUCGGGAGGAGCCUACAACAGUGGUGCUAAGGACAUAUCUAACACGUUCGCGAACAGCUUCUGGUAUCUGGAUCAACUUGGAAUGGCAGCUACAUAUGACACCAAAGUUUAUUGUAGGCAGACUCUGAUUGGUGGAUUCUAUGGGCUCCUGAACAAAACUACAUUUGUUCCUAACCCUGAUUAUUACAGUGCACUUCUCUGGCAUCAACUUAUGGGAAAAGGAGUGCUGGCUGUUGAAAGCCAUUCACCACCGUAUAUACGCUCUUAUGCUCAUUGUACGAAAGAAAGAGCUGGUAUAACUUUACUUCUGAUCAACUUAAGCAACCGAACUGCUUACAAUGUCGAAGUUGAGUCCAGGAACAUCGCUGAACUGUCCAUGAAAGAUAGAACAGGCACAAAGAGGAAUUCCUUUGUGCAUGGCCUCAAGAGAUCACUCUCAUGGAUCGGAAACAAAGCCUCGGAUGAAAAACUAUCCCGGGAGGAGUAUCACUUAACUCCCGAGAACGGUGAUCUUCAGAGUAAAAUCAUGUUGCUGAACGGGAAGCGGCUUCAGCUGACUGAAACUGGAGACAUCCCAAGUUUGGUUCCAGUCCUCCAAGAUGUGAACUCUCCAUUAAGUAUUUCUCCUUACUCUAUCAAGUUUGUAGUGUUCCCCAAUUUCAGUACUCCAGGGUGUAAGUAGACUGUCAUUCUACAUUUUCUGGGCGAUUAAUGAAUAGCUAGCUAACAAGUAAGAUGCUGGUUUUUUUAUAUUGUACGUGGUCUACAUACUCUGUAUUUUAUUGUAUAAUUCUUGGAAAUGUUAUUUAUUUAUUUUGAAGAAAUGAAAGUGCAAAUGGCUAGUGAA